AUGGCCACUGUGCUGCUGGGUCAGACAGAACAUGGCCACUGUGCUGCUGGAUCUCAGAUGCCCAUAAGCAGUGAUUUGAGGUUCCCCAUGAGCACGCCAAGCCCCCUAUCACCCAUACCUCUGGCUCCCUUAACUACAAGGCUUGACACCACAGUGGAUUCACUUGUGUUUACUGAUCAGUACCUGCAGCUGUCUGCCAGACUGCCAUCCCAUAAUAUAUAUGGGCUAGGAGAACACGUCCUUCAGAACUAUCUUCGUGGCACCAACUGGAGGACCUGGUCUAUCUUCACACGAGAUGCAUUCCCUAAUGGGGGGACACAUAACCUCUAUGGUCACUAUCCCUACCUCCUCUGUCUGGAGGACGAGACUGGCAAGUCCUUCGUAGUCUUCCUCAUGAACAGCAACGCAACGGAGGUGACGCUUCAGCUGGCCCCAGUAGUGACCUACGGAACCAUUGGAGGAGUUCUGGACUUCUACAUCCUUCUGGGAGACACACCUGAACAGGUGGUACAGUAGUUCCUAUAGCUGAUCGGCAGGCCAGUGAUUCCUCCAUACUGA